GGGAGAUCCGGGGUCAGGGAAAAGAGAAGUUAAGAGCCUUGAGCUGGGGUGGGGAGAAGAGAAAAUGGUGCAGUUGGCAAGGUUGUUCAGCAGCCAAGUCUAAAGUGGAGACAGCCUGGGGACUCACCACAAGAGGAAAGUAUUAAGGGAAAAGUGAGUGGGAAGAGAAGUUAGUGGGCAUUAUUAGCAUCCAAGAACGGCUUAGCCAGAAAGGACCUCAGAGGAGAAAGCUUAAGCCCAGGAAGGUUCAGUGAUUUGUUCAAGUGGACAGCUAGGUGGAGGCAUUCCCAGGCCGGUGCUCUGUUUCCCGCUGGGCAUUGCCAAUGGCAGGGUUCUAGCCUAUUCCUCUAACCCAAUGAUGGCUGUGGACAUAGAGUGCAGGUACAGCUGCAUGGCCCCUUCCCUGCGCAGAGAGAGGUUCGCCUUCAAGGCUCCGCCAAAGCCAAGCAAACCGCUGAGGCCUUGCAUUCAGCUGAGCAGCAAGAACGAAGCCGGCGGAAUCGUGGCCCCCACCAUGCAGGAGAAGAAGGUGAAAAAGCGGGUGUCCUUCGCCGACAACCAAGGGAUGGCCCUGACAAUGGUCAAAGUGUUCUCGGAAUUCGAUGACCCGUUAGAUAUUCCAUUUAACAUCACUGAGCUCCUAGACAACAUUGUGAGUCUGACGACAGCAGAGAGUGAGAGCUUUGUUUUGGAUUUUUCACAGCCUUCCGCAGAUUACUUAGACUUUAGAAAUCGGCUUCAGACGGAUCAUGUAUGCCUUGAAAACUGUAUGCUGAAAGACAGAGCGAUCACUGGCACAGUGAAGGUGCAGAACCUGGCGUUUGAGAAGGCGGUGAAAAUACGGAUGACAUUUGACACCUGGAAAAGCUUCACAGACUUUCCCUGUUGGUAUGUGAAGGACACUUACGCUGGUUCAGAUCGGGACACGUUCUCCUUUGACAUCAGCUUACCUGAGAAAGUUCAGUCUUAUGAGAGAAUGGAGUUUGCAGUGUGCUUUGAGUGCCGGGGACAGACUUACUGGGACAGCAACAAAGGCAAAAACUAUAGAAUCAUCCGAGCUGAACUGAAAUCCACUCAGGGAACAGCUGAGCCACAGAAUGGACCAGAUUUUGGAAUAUCCUUUGACCAGUUUGGAAGCCCUCGUUGUUCCUACGGUCUGUUUCCCGAGUGGCCUAGUUAUUUAGGAUAUGAAAAGCUAGGGCCCUACUAUUAGUGACUGGGCAUGGCUGAGCAUGGCUGAAUGGGGACAGGGGAUCCUAGCUGCAGACACGAGCAGGUGGAGGCGGAAGCCAGGAGAACAGUUUGAACUGCCAUAGGCAGAGUUUUUGAAAAAGAAAGGAUCCUAUUCAUUUUUUUUUUUUUUCUGAAGCCAGCAAAAGCCAGCCAGGGUUAGAUCACAGAACUGGUUUCACACACCAGAGUAGACGUGGGGUGCUAGUCUGCUUGGCACCCAGGGCGGCCACGGGGGCCGGAGCAGGAGACGGGUGCCGGGAAGGGCCCGGGCGGGCAGCAGUCCUCUGGGCAGUGCUGGUGAAGCUGAAGGACAGUGGCUUCGAAAUGAUGCAACCGGGAGUGUGAUCCAGCUGCCUGGAGGGGCCGCUCCUCCCCCCUGGGACGUGGAAAGUCGGUCACCUGAAAGUCACUCCAUGCCCAGCCACCUCCCACUGGACCCUUGCCAUUCAUCUUUGCGUGCUCUGCGCCCAGUCGCAUCCUCCCUGCUUGUUACUGCUGUUCCUGUGGCCACGUCCUUCACACUUUAUCUCUGUGCUCUUUUUCUUUUUUUUUUUUUUUUUUGCAUUUUCUUCUGCAGCUCAUCAGAUGCCGAGGAAAAGAUAAGCAAGAGAAAUUAGCCUAUGACGGAGACAGGCAUUUCCUCUUUCUGACCCCACAUCGCGUCCAAGAGAGACGACGCCCCAGUUAGCAACAGUAACUGGCCCCUGUGCUGGGUCACAGACUGCAGGCCUGUGACAGGCAGAGCAGCCUGGGUGGGAUGCUGGUAGCUUGUCCUCUUGGCUUUUGGGGGAGCUUUCGAAGGACUGGCUUCUGAGUCACCAGACGGCUCCGUUACAGGAUUUGUUUGAACUCGCUCUGCCGGUUUGCAGGCACCUCAUUCUUCGCAAAGGGAUUUUAGACUCUCCUUUCCUCGAGAGCCCUUCUUCCUGCCGUGCCCAGGACAUUCCAAUUUGCAGAUCCCAUCUAUCCUCAAAGCUUUCAGUGAGUGUUUGGUCUUACCUUGACCGUGAUCUGCUAUAUCCGGGAGUCUUUCUGAGCACCCAGGGACUGUGAUCUGGGGCUUCUUAUUUAUGGAGUGUGAGUACAUAAAGGGAUCGGGGAGAAACACCUCAUCAAGGUCUCAUAUUUUUUUUUUUCCGUGUUUGGCAACUCUGCAAUAUCAGAGGUUAAUUGUUCUUAACCAUAUUGGACUCAUGCAUUAAAUGCUGUCGGGUCAUACUGAUGUGAGGCUCCUGGGAUGUUCAUGGGCAGGCGGGUCCCCAGACCCUGUGAGUUUUCUUGGGCAAGAUUGGUUUGGACUUGGGGGUGUUUAGAAAAUCUUUUUACGUAUGUAUGUGAAGAAGGUUGGGGGUUUUUUCUGUUUUGUUUUUGGAGCUUAAAUGACUGCCUCUUUUUCCUUUUUGGAGUCGGAAAGCAAGCAAGGAAUUGUCUUUUGCUUGCGUGCUCCAGAUCAAUUACAAAACCCUCCUGGCUUCUGUGGCUUUGUCCAUUGGAGUCAGGCAGGUAUGGAGGGUCAUGGCUCCUAGAGUUUUGUGGCUGCAGUUUGGUUUUUUUUCUUUCUUGUUUGAACUUUAAAAUAUUUUGACUUUUGAAAUUUUCUUAAGUGGUACGGAGGUUGGUGUUAAUUCUUGUUCCUAAAACUGGCUGUUACUAGUGUGCAACCUUGUGCUUUAUUUUGUACACCUGUCCCAGGUGGGUAGGACUUGGGGAUUGCAUAAUACAAGCUAUGGGAAAGUCAUAUUUUUCUCUUGUGCUGAAAUUGGGCAGAACUGUGUUUUAGUCAAAGCAUAUCUCACAUCAGGCAUCAGAUGGCACUUUCAUGGUUACCGUGGUGGCUGAUCUGGUGGUCAGCACGAUUGAUAGUGCAGAUCAAAGUUGAACGGAAACAAAACUGAUUUGAUAGAGGUCGUGAAUAGAUUUUGUUUUAAGAAGUCCCAGGCCCCCUCCUUCAAGUCAAGUGAGGUACAAGGCGCACUGUCAUUUGCGUGUUACUGGACUAAAGGUAACAAGGUCAUUCUCUAUGCAGAAGAAAAAUGCCCAGGUAGCUGUUUUUCAGCCAUGGUGAUCUUAAGACAUUCCGGGGUCAAAUUUGAAAUAUAGUGAUUCCGUGAUAAUAGCUCUUAAAACAGCCAUCAGCCCUCCCCCCACCAUUCUUUACUCCCAGCUCACCCCGGCUAUUUUGCUGGGGGCACUGGUUGCAAACCCCCUUCCCCCACCUCCUAACCCCCUCACCCCUCCCAUCCCCACCAGUACACCUGGGAUGCUCGCCCUACCAAGCAAGUCCUCACCUGCUUGCAAAGACCCUCCUCUGACUAGAGAAUGUGGUUGCAAGACUCCUCUGUCAGUCAUUCUGUGAGCGAGGGGCCUCUAAACAAUACUGUCUUUACUCAGCAGUCAGUCUGUCUCCCUCCGGCCCAGUUCUGUCCCAGGAUAGCCACAGGUGGCCCUGGGGCCCGCUUCAGCACAACCUCUCCUUCUUUCAGAGCUCACUGUCAGCAAAUAGGUCCACACACAGUGACAAGUUUCUUAGUUGGAGAUAUCAUUGCAGCCUGACUUGGGGGUUUGACCCUCAGACAGCUGUCGGUUAUGGUGAUGCACGUCCCUCAACCUCAGUGCCCUUCCCAGGCUGUCCCCAAAGGGCCAGCCUCCCUCCCCUGCAGUUGCCCAGAAAUGGGGAACCGUCUCCAUUUCAUUUCCUAUUUAUUUCCCCCAAAUGCCCUGGGGAGCACUGGCACAUUAGGUGCAAUAAAUAAGCUGGACUAUAGAAAGAUAUAUAAUAAAUAAGCUUUCAAUGUUUCCUGGAAGGUAUGGAGCAUUUGAAUGGGUUUCUUUUUCUUUUUCUUUUUUUAAGUAUUUUUAGGAUAGGGGAACUUGUGAGAAAUAAUGGGAGUUAUGUAGUUCUCCAGAAAUUAAAACAAUUUCAGAGUGAAGGUAGAAUUUAUUUUUUUCUCUAAGAUUUAAUUUUAAUGGUGGCAAAACAUCACUCUUUUCAACGUUUUUUUAAAGGUGUAAAUUGUGAACCGCUAAAAGAAUGUUUUUGUGGUUUUGAUCCCUGCAUAUAAUUUGCAUUUUAAAAACAAGCAUUACUUGUAGUCACUUGGAUGUUACAUGGGUUGUAUAUUGUGCUUAUAAACCAAAAAAGGGUCAGCUCAUUUUUUACAAGUGCCCUGUUUUCUGGGCCCUUCCCUCUCCAUGGAAUGAACGUAAGCCUUGAUUGGUCUUCGGCUCGGUUUGUCGUGUAAAAUCCCCUGCUGGGUUCUGGGCUGUCUCCCCCGGGGCGGGGGGAGGCACCGAUCACCAAACUUGGGGAUAAAAAGUCAUGAACAUAAUGGGACCUUCCAGAGUCAUGGAAGACCUUCUGGCAGCUUCUGUGCACUUCUCGACUGGGAAGGGAGGCUGCGGUUACAUGCGCCUUCGCCUCACCUUGGUGGUCAAGCUCGGCGGCCCACGUUGUAAAGCCAUGAAUGUUUUUGUGGUUUGAGUGAUCCAUUCCCAGAGACUGCUGGACCCAUGAGGACCCCCAGGAGGGCAGCUGCGAUGGCCCGUGUCUCACUUUUACUUCAGUGUGAAUGUAAAAUCGAAGGCUCGUCUUCAUUUGGUGCCUAAAAGUGCCUUGUGAUGAAACGUCUGCCAUGUUUUUAAAAAAUACAUAUUUUUAUACACAAAGGGGAAAUGCACUUUAAAAUCACAAGAAUGGGUGUCUUUUGUGUGGUGUCAGAGAGUGGGCUGUCUGUAUUUCAAAUGCAAAAAAUGUAAUAAAGGUAGAAAAAACAAAA